GUCAUUUUAUAUAAGGACUAAAGACAUCUACGGUGCUUAUUAGUGUAAGCCUAUAUAUUGAACGAAAUUGUCUCAAAUUACAAUUGAAGAAACAUCGCACAGGACAUAAUCAUAAAUGGCAUCAUACACUGUACCAAAAGAGACACUUAACUAUGAAGAUUUCUUCCCUGGUUUCAAGGCAUUAUUUGAAGCAGAAGAGUAUGCAAGCACCCUUACUACAGAUGAGGUAGAGAAGGCUAAAACUGAACUGAAUGAAGAUCCAAAGGAAAGAGUCGCUGCAGUUCAACAGUUACGUGAUUGGAUCAACAAACAACCACACUUUGAAUGUUGUACUGAUACGCUAUACUUGUUGUCAUUUCUACGACGCUGUAAGUUCAGUCAGCUAGAAUGUCACGCAAUGCUUGAGAGAAACGUUUGCACCCUUCCCUCGGAGGUCCCAGAGUGGUCCUGUAAUACUGACACAUUGACAGAGAGGUUCAGGAAUAUACUAAAGGAAGGGUUUUUGAUUCCUCUUCCACAUAGGGACGACGAGGGACGCAGGGUGGUAUUGAUGCGUUAUGGGCAACUAAGGCUAGCGGAUCCGAAUCUAUACGACUGGAGGGAAUACCUGAGGUUGAUUAGUGUAAUGUUAACUAUUCUUCAAAGAGAAGAGGCUACACAGGUAAAUGGCCUUGUGUUUCUUUUGGAUGACACUGGAAUAAAAGUGCAACAUUUAACAUUCGUACCUAUACAGAAAAUUAGGACAGUGUCGAGAAUAUUCUUUUCUAAUUUUCCUGGGCGUGUGAAGGCCCUUCACUUAUACAAUGCUGGGGAUCUAGUGAACGCCAUCCUUACUCUUCUGGGUCCUCUCAUGCCUCAGAAGAUAAGGGACAGGAUUGUAAUCCAUAAGAAUAAACUUGAAGAUGUAUACAAACACAUUCCACAAAGGAUCUUACCACUUGAAUAUCUACCAGACGAUUAUGAAGGACCCUCUGCAGGAUAUGUGGAUGAUAUUAGAGACUUCUUCCUCAGAGAGCUGACAAGAAAGGAAGUGAGAGACCGUUUGGUGUUCCUAAGCACAGAGAAGAUGAGAUAUAUGCCAGAGAAGAAAGACAAUGGCCAACAAUUAGAACAGACAUUUAGGAAAUUGAACGUGGACUGAUUUUUGAAAUGUUGUGUCGUACACCCAAAUAUACAUGCUAU